AUCACAUUUUUCUCCUGUUGUUUUUCAUACUGGUGUGCAGGGAAGAGGAAGCACCAAACCAUUUCGCGGUCGUCCACCGUCGCCACGACACAGCAAACGAUACCCAAACUAGCUUCCGCGGGCAGCCAUGACAGAGAGACACCUCGCAAAGAUAGCGGAGUCGCUGUUGCGGCCGCGGGUGGCGGUUUCGGCUCGUCGGUUCGCGGGCUCGACCCCGAGGGAAUUUUCCUGCUUGGCGUCCUCCCCGAGCGCCGGCGGUGGUGUCCGCCGGCGGUUCGAGCGGCCGAGCGGGGUCUUUGGCGAGGUCCAUGCCCAGCAGCUGCGGUUCCGGCGACACGAUCGCGCCUCCGCCUUUUCGAAACCCCGGCCGCCCACGAAAAAGAAGCGCCGGGCCUACAACCGGAGAAUGAAGAAAGCCGCCGACGAGAGGGCGCGGCACUCCGCCCCCGGGUCCAAGGCGGGGCCGAGGCGGCAGUGGGCCCGGAAUCGCUGGGAGCAGCUCCUGACCCACGGGAGGGACGAAGACAGCCUGCUCCCCUUGGCGCAACAGGAAGACGAAUACACCUUCGAGGACGCCAUCCUGGAGGAUCUCGUGGGCAACACUUCGUAUCUUACGAGCCAGCCGACACCCGAGCCGGUAUAUUUGGGGCACAGGCACAGAGAGUGMGUUUUUGUUUUUGCUGUUGUUUGUGUGAUCCACCGAGAAACCGGAGGAACCAAGGGGCGAGAAAAACUACGACCAAAAGUUGUGCAAGGCGUUGCGUUGCGUUGCGUGGUGUUUCCUAAUCUUUUCUUUCCUUUCUUUUUUGCUCAACGCGUCCCGAAAACGACAACCACGACCACACCAGGUUUUACAACAGGGUGGCCGAUCAGAUGGAUGCAUAUCGAGAGGCCAUCGACGCCAAACAACGCCUGGACGAAAACGAGGAAAGAGCUGGCGACGACCUGCCGGUUUCGGUGGAAGCGGUCGCCCUCCCCUCGGACCAGGACAUUUCGAAAACCCUGCGGGCUUUUAGGGAUCGCCACGGCACGAGACAGAAGCCCAUCGGCAUCAUUCGGGCCCUCCAGCAUUUGCUGCAGGAUUUGGGUGUGCCGGUGUCGGCCUUUGGCGAAUACACCUACACGACACUGAUGACGUGCUGCCAGACUCCCCAGGAGGGGCGACGCAUAUUCAAACUGAUGCGGGACCAGAACCACGAAAUUUCUGCCUACAGCUGGUCGAUCCUAGUGGAUGUAAGUACCGCACGAUCCCUUCCCCGGUUAGCUACGCUUUUGCGUUCCUGUUGCCCCGCAUUGCAUUGUUGCUUUGGCGAAUCCGACCGAACCGACUCACUGGUAGUUCUCUCGUUUCCCUCGAAAAAAUCACGCGAAAGAUCCAUUCCAAACUAGGAGACUUCGAGGGUUGCGGAGAAGUCUUGAAGGAGAUGGCAUCCCAGGGGGGGCACGCACCGACGCAGGCUGCUUACACCUCGCUCUUGGCGGCGUGCUACAAGAUUUGCAGUGAUUCGGGAAGGAUUCCCCAUGCAAUCCGUGCGAAGGCCGGGGACUUUGGAUGGAGGUAUUGGCAAGAGAUGCGCAUUGUUGGCAUCGAACCAGACGGUAAGUUAUCUAACCGCGUUUCCCAACACGAGGUACGAUUUCUCGAACUCACAACUCAUUCUCGUUGGUGUUUCCUGCGUACAGUCAUGGCGUACGGAGCCAUUCUCCGACUGUGUGCAGCAAGGGGUCUACCAGAACGAGCCAUCGGGUUGUUGGAAGACAUGGAACGGUUUGAGGUCAAACCGACUACUCUUUGUUUCACCGCAGCCCUCAAAGCCGUUGCGAGGAGCCACGAAAUUGCAAAUCGGUAUCAGCGUGGAACCUCGCGCAAAGACAUGAAACGAGAAACCAUGACGGCCCAUCACGGGAAAAUGGCGCGCCAGAUCGUCAUCCAAGCCGAAGCCGCGGAGGUUCAGCAGGACGACGGAUUUCUUUCGGCCUUGAUGCUGUGUACGGCUGCCGCGGGAGACUCGGCAACGGCCAAAGCGAUCCUUCUGGCCUCGGAAGUACGCAAACUGGAUCACCUUCGCACGAUCGGAGGGUCGAGACCCCAAGAACUGGAUGGUCACAACAAUGAUUUACAGCUGGAAUCCGGUACCAUGAAGAAUGGAGGAAAAUUCUCCGAUUUAAUCGUCGUGGAAGGAUCGUUGCAAAAGUCAUCGCAAAGCAGUAAGGAUAUUGCGACUUUCGGGGAAAGGGAGUACGGGAACGAUACCAGGGUGAUAUCUGCAUUGGUCCAUUCGUGUGCUCAGGCAUUGAACAAAAAUGGAAUUGGCACCAUGUGGGCAGGAAGAGAAAAUCUAGGAUAUCUUUGCGAGAAUUCGUUGCGUCUGAUCACCACACGAUGGGAGCCCAAUUAUCGCGAUAACAGUGUACCAGGUGUAAGCAGUACAAAAGUUGGUGUUGGAGCUCUUCGUCAUGUCGACGAGAGAGAAAAAGACUACGAGUACACCCCAGGAAAAAGGAAAAAGUUUCGUGGUCUUUUCCUUGAUGACGACGACAUAGCAACUCUCGAUGACGUUCGAGGAGACAACAAUAGCUUCGACCAUGAGGACAAUUUGGAGGAUUACGAUGAUUUCUCGGACGAUGACGAAGACGAAGACGACGUUACUUUUGCUGAUAGCAAGUACGCUUUGCGAGAUCAGAAUUACGAAGGAAAACAGGUGAGUUUUUUUCAUCUUUACAACAGGAUUGACAGGUCAUUCUCGUUACGAAGGUUCAAAGUUGAUUCUCGCUCGAUUUUUCUAAAUUUGAUCACGAAUUUUGCUAUACUCGUAUCACUAUGUCAUAUGUCUAAAGCUUUCUAAAGAGAAAGAGUUGUCUCAGCAGCACAUCGAGACAGAUGUUUUCGAUAAAGUUGUUUCCGAACUCAAAGAUCAACCUACCAUACAUGGCGAAGAAUUUGAUUUGGACGACGAAGAAGCUCACAAGUUAUAUGAAACAAUAGAAGAAUUUAAUCGCGUCGUUGAUGGAGAUGACGUGUCCAGUCCGGAUAGCUUCGAUCAAGCUUUCGAUCAAGCACUCGCUGAAUUGAAAGAGGAAGUUGGAGAAGAUAAUGAAGAAUUGGAUCUAAGUGAAAUUGAGAUCGAGGAGCUUAUGGAUCAAAUGCGUUCAAAACUUGACCUUUUCUCGUUUGAAGGGAGACAAGAAAGUUUGGAAAAGAAUGAGCUCGAAAGGACGAGUAAUGAUAUACCAGCCAAAGCUUUGGCCGGUUUAAAUCCAGGUCAAAUUGCCAAAAUAGAAGACCUACAGAGUGUCCUCCCGGGGAUGCCUCUUCGUAGGCUCAGGAAGAUCUCCGAUGCAUACGAACAAACAUUGGGGCAUCCAUCGCUGCUUACACUUGUGCCUAUCCUCAGAGAAACCAUGCCAGAUUAUCUUUCCUCUGGUCGACUCAAAAGGAGCAACAAGAAAAAUGCUGACUUUGCACUGCAAAAAGCGUCCGAAGAUGGCAUUGUAGAUGCUUCUCUACUUAACUCGAUGCUGGAAGUGAAGGCGAAUUCGGGAUCUCUCAACGACGCCAUUGAAUAUCACAAAGUAGAGUUCGCAAAGCACAAUAUAGUAAGUACAAAAGCGCAGUUACAAUCUAGCUAGGGAUGUCUUCGACACGAAUUGAUCUAAAAAACGGUAAUUGAUCUGCCAUGCAACUAACCUUCCCUUUUGUGGAACCCAUCGCAGACCCCAUCGCCAUACAGCGAUCGUCUGCUUCUCCAAAUGCUUGUUGGUAACAAAAGACUCACACGAGCUUUGGAAUUGAAAGAGCAAAUUGAAGAAGAUGGACGCAAUUUGGAUAUUGCAAGUUACGGAUCUAUGGUUCAGUUUUAUAGCAGACAUGAUCAGCUUGGAUCCGCAAUUUUGAUUUUGAAGGAAUGUAUAUCGAAACAUGGUGCCGCACCGAGUGAAGCAUAUGUAUCAGAUCUGAGAGUUUUGUGCAAACGAAACGGAGUCGAGGAUGUGGUUGGUUUGGUAGAUUUGAUCGGUAAAGAUCCAACGGAGUGGCUAAGGCAUGGAGAGAAAAACCUGAAACGAGAAAAAUCAAAGAAGGGACGACGCAACGUCCAACAAGCACAGAAUCGACUUCUCUAAUCAUGACCAAAACGUCAGAGUACCAUAAAUACUGAAAGGUAUU